AUGGGAGAUGCAGCGCAUCGUACCACCAGCAAGUUAGGGAACAGCGAUGCUACUCAGAAGAAGACAACAGGGUCCAAGGCGUGGGUAUCACAGUUGAGACCUGAAACCUCAGCGGGCUUCUCAUUUCCUUCUUCAGACGAAGCAACCGCGAUAUUCAGCCCUCUCAGUAUUCAAAUUCGACCGACUUUAACAAUUUCCCAAGGAAUUAAGCGACGACGCUAUACAUCCGACGUUGAUGGCUUCAACACAGGCGGUCUAAGUGUUAAGAAGCGUCGACUUCGUGCCGACCUCAUCACCAGCCGUCUUUCACAACCCUAUUCACAACCCGCAACGCACAUCCUGAACAGAGAGGGCCAAGAGGCUGGUGACAAACGGUUCCUGAAGAUGGCGACCUCGGUAGACUUGACACGAAGAAUUGCACAUCUCCACGCAACAUCCUUUCUGCGCUUCUCAGUAAUGAACCGGCUCAGGCAGAGACUAAACCAAGGACAGCCAGCACGGAGACACGAGCAGGAAAUCGAGGCCAUAACAUCGAAAGUUACGAGCAAAUCUAACUUGAAACCUCCGAUUUUGCAAGAUUCAGCAGCGAGCAGGUCCUUCAGGAUCGCUCCGACGGGCACCGGACUUGCUGGGCCCCAAAGUUUUAUCUCAUCAACGAAACCACAACCGAAUCAACAAGGUCUCAAGCCGUUCCAGCAUUCCAAACCCACAUCAUGCCGACUAUCAAAGCCAGCGGCACUGCCUCUCCCAGUCGGUGAUGUGGCUGCGACCAAAAAGCGCACAUCACCACGACUCUUCCCCAUCCAGUCUCCAGAGCUGCGGCCAACAGUACAUUUACCUCCACUGGAUGACCUUGAGGAAGACAGUUUCGCAUAUAUGCACCCGGCAGAUGAUGACUGGGAUGACAUCGGUGAUGAUCAGGACAGUGUAUACUCUGACUUUAGCGUUGUGUUUGGACAGAACGGCGACAAUAACGAAGAAGACGACAGAUCAUAUGAAGAAUAUUUGGAUGAACUUGAUGGCAUAUGCUGGAUGUCUAGAUAG